CAAACGCAUUUAUUCCCUGACAAGCCCCCCAUCACAUGGAUGGUUGUCUAUUAACUUGUUCAAAAAAGUAUCAGGAGUUGUCAAGGCAGAGAGAAAGACAGAGAGAGAGAGAGAGAGAGUGAGUGAGUGAGUGUUUGGGGGGAAAAACAAAAAAACAAAAAACAAAAAGAGGAAAAGAGGAAAGGGACUUUUGCUGGCGCUUUAAGACUAAGAGAUACGGAGAGAAAAGGGAAAGAAAGGAGGGGAAAAGGACCAGGAAGAAGUUUCUCAAUCAAGACUCUCCAAGCCUUCUUUGUUAUGAUUCUUCCUGAAUAAUCGUCCGAGGGCUGCUGGCAGUGAGAAGAAGAUCCCGGUGCUGAUCCAAUCGGGGGAGGUUCUUUUUUGGGGGGGAGAUCUCCCCUCCCUUCCCCCUCCCUGAGAAGACAAGUCCAGGUUGGGACACUCUGUCGGCUGCUUCUCCUCCUUGCUCUUCUCCCUCUUUUUUUUCUUCUUUUUUUGGCGGUUGUCGGAUUUCUCUCUUUCUCCCCCCUCUCCCUUUUUUGUGCCCCCCCCAACUGCCUCGUAUUCCUGAAGCCCCGCUUGGUCCCAUCACCAUUCCGAGAUCCCCCCACCGCCAACUGCUGCGCCCCCUCCCCCCCAAAGCCGCUUGAAUGUACAACAUGAUGGAAACCGAGCUGAAGCCUCCCGCCCCCCAACAGACUCCGGGGGGAGGCACGGGGGGGAACAGUAAUUCGGGGGCCAACAGCCAGAAGAACAGCCCGGACCGGGUCAAGAGGCCCAUGAACGCCUUCAUGGUGUGGUCCCGGGGCCAGAGGCGGAAGAUGGCUCAGGAGAACCCCAAGAUGCACAACUCGGAGAUCAGCAAGCGCCUCGGGGCCGAGUGGAAGCUGCUCUCCGAAGCCGAGAAGCGGCCGUUCAUCGACGAAGCCAAGCGGCUGCGCGCCUUGCACAUGAAGGAACACCCGGAUUAUAAAUACAGACCGCGGCGGAAAACCAAGACCCUGAUGAAGAAGGAUAAGUACACCUUGCCGGGCGGGCUGCUGGCGCCGGGCUCCAACUCCAUGGCGGCGGGGGUCGGCGUGGGGGCCACGCUGGGCGCGGCGGGAGUCAACCAGCGGAUGGACAGCUACGCGCACAUGAACGGCUGGGCCAACGGCGGCUACGGGAUGAUGCAGGAGCAGCUGGGCUACCCGCAGCACCCGGGCCUGAACGCGCACAACGCUGCCGCCCAGAUGCAGCCCAUGCACCGCUACGACGUGAGCGCCCUGCAGUACAACUCCAUGGGCGGCUCGCAGACGUACAUGAACGGCUCGCCCACCUACAGCGGCAUGUCCUACUCGCAGCAGGGCACGCCGGGCAUGGCGCUGGGCUCCAUGGGCUCGGUGGUCAAGACAGAGGCCAGCUCCAGCCCGCCCGUGGUCACCUCCUCCUCCCACUCCAGGGCGCCCUGCCAAGCCGGAGACCUCCGGGACAUGAUCAGCAUGUACCUGCCCGGGGCUGAAGUGGCGGAGCCGGCCGCCUCCAGCAGACUGCACAUGUCGCAGCAUUACCAGAACGCACCGGUUCCGGGCACGGCGAUAAACGGCACACUCCCUCUCUCGCAUAUGUAAGGCCCGCGGUGGGGCGGGGAGGGGAGGAAGGAGCGCAAAGAGGCCCGGCACCACCGACAAACUUUUGAGUAGAAAUGCUGAACUCCUGGCUUUUUUUCUUUUUCUUUUCUUUUUGGGUUUUGUUUUGUUCGUUCGUUUUGUUCUUCUCUCUCUCCUCUUUUUCUUGCGGGAGGGGGGGGGAGCCACUAUUUUUGUACAGAGAGAAACUGGGCAAGGGAAAACAAAAUCGCAGACGAAAUCAAUACCCACCGAGGAACUUGUAUAGAUCUUUCCCUCCCCCCCCCCACUCCUUUUGGAAAGGGAUCCGACUCCACCAAAGGUCCCCCCACCCAAAAUUCCAGUGGAAAGGAUACUUUGCAGAAAGUUUUUUUUAUUAUUAUAUAAAAAAAAUCUUUACCAAUAAUAACCUUUAGAGCUAGAAUCCAGAAAGCGACGUAGGAAAGGGGGAGGGGGGGAGAAGGGAAGAGGACCGCGGACGGGGUGGGAAAUGUUUUAAUAUUUGCAAGCAACUUUUGUACAGUAUUUAUCAAAAUAAACAUGGCAAUCGAAAUGUCCAUUGUUUAUAUUAAGGAAAAAAAGACACAGAGAGAGAAAGUGGGGGGGGGGCCUUGAGAAUGUGCCAAUUAUUUUUAAAAUAAUCAGAGUCUACUUAAGACGCUGGGAUAAUAGCAGAUGGAUUUAUAGGAGCUGCACAAAAAAGGGAGUUGAUUUUAUUUUAAAACAAAGAUCUGGACGUUUUAAUUGUUUUAGCAAUUGUACAAAAGAAAAAAUAAAUAGAAUAAGUACUUGCAUACCAUUGAACUGUUUUUUUAUAUAUAUAUAAAGGGGCAAAUGUUUAGGGUGUACUAAAAAAAUUUUUUUACACUUGUUAAAGAGCAAAAAUGGUCUUGCAGGUUCACACACGUUUGUUAAUUUAAAAUAGCUGGGGGGGGGGUUAUGGGUUUCCAAACUUUAUCCUGCUCAACUAAAACGACAGCAAAAGAGCAAUCUGAAAUUAUUGUGUUUGAAAUAUUUUCUUAUGGUUUGUAAUAUUCUGUAAAUUUAUUGUGACGAUAUUUUAAGUUCUUUUAUUUUUGUCCCUCCUCAUUUCCCGUAGUUGUACGUUAAAAACUCGGCUGUGUAUUAUCUGAAAUCAGUCCGCUGGCAAUCCGUAUGUGUGUAUAUAUAUAUAUAUAGCUACAUAUAGUUAUAUACAUAGACACGCACGUGCCUCUCUCUCUAUAUGUAUAUGUAUAUGUAUAUAUAUGUAUACACACACACAUACAGACACACACACACACACAUGUAUAUAUACACCUGUAUAUAUACACGCACAUAUAUAUUUGAACUAAUACCAUCCUUAUAAACAGGUACAUAUUCGACUUAAGUUUUUACUCCAUUAUGCACAGUUUGAGAUAAAUAAAUUUUUGAAAUAUGGACACUGACGUUACAUGUGACUCUUCGAUUUAUUUUUAGAAUACAGGGUGCAAUUUUAUUUAAAAAUAUUAACCGGUGCUGCUCUAAGACAAGUUGUAAUCGGCUGUUAUAAAUAAUAUCGUGGCAUAAGGCUGUCUAGAAUGAGGACCUCUGUGCCCUUUGUGCUUUUUAAACGGCGAUUUCCACGCCAAGUACUUCCUAUGUAAAAUCAGGUGAGGCCUGACACUGGCUGUGGCCUAGAGCAUAAUUUUGUAUACCGAGCAGUCCUUCGCCUCCUAGGGUCUGUAUAUAGGUCUGGUUGCUAUCGACAUUCGAUUUUUUGCGAAUAAAAAAGACCCUAGCAAUAGCGUCGCCUAUAAAGAAGGUUUCGCCGACUGUUGCUGCUGGAAAAGACCACCUGUUGCAACCUGAAGGCUGCCCAAGAACCCCGAGGGUAAAGUUGAGGCUGGACGGUUGACCGGAGCAGAAAGAACGGAGUUCAUAAUUCACCAGCGAGGUGAACCAGCAGGCCAGUCUCGGGGAAAGCGGCGAAAAUCGAACCCUCCCCCCUCCAAAAAACGCAUUAAAGAAGAGAACCGCCGGCUUGCAGAGGGAUGACUUCCUGCUUAAUGGAAAGCUGAACUCUACUGGGAAUAUCUCACAAUGCUUCUCUCUAACUGGCUUAUUGUGGCAUCCACAUUUACAGGCAACAACUUCCUUGGUCAGAUGCAUGAAGUGGGAUGAUCCAGAAGUGAUUCCUAUUGGUGUGUGCCCAUGAAUAUGUUUGGACCAAAUGCAUUAUGCAUGCCACAUGCUUGAAGAUGGUGCAAUGUCCUUUACCCACUUCUGAUGUACAAAAUGCAUUACAGUUGGAGUAAAAAAAGAGAAGCAGGAAGGAAAGAACCAGCACCAAAGGGAAAGAAAGAAAGAAAGAAAGAAAGAAAGAAAGAAAGAAAGAAAGAAAGAAAGAAAGAAAGAAAUCCCAAAGUGCUGAAGAAAAUAUUUUAUCUGAAAUUCAUUCAUAUAUGAUUUUCAUUGAGGAUGGGAAUAUCUUGAGGAAAAUGCUAGAAUAUUCUAAUGCCUCUGAGGAAGAGCCAUCAAGCUUGAAAUUCGUCAAUUUUUAUCAGAGUAUUUAAAAUAAAAUAACUUUCAGCACCUUGAUUUGGCCAUCGUCUUCUUUUUUGGACACUUUCCCCUCCCCAAACGACAGCAAGUUGAUGAGAAUUGUCCCUUCUCAGCCACCUGCCUGUGAUUCCUUCUCCUCUGACUCACAGACCCACCAUUUAUUUAUAUUUACAUUUACAUCCCGCUCAUCCUCGAAGGAGCCCAGAGCAUUGUACAUCGUUAUGUGUAUCUUCACAACAACCCUGUGAGUCCUGCAAUUGAAUUGCCAAGGCUUCAAGGAACUCUUUGAAUUGAAGAGCCUAACUGCCUAAUCCUACGCAUGGAUCUGGAAGCAAAUUCCACUGUGCUCAAUGGGGCUUCUUCCCAGUAAGACGGAUAAGCUUGGAGUGCCCAGUCGCCGUGGUAACUGCCAGAAAAAUUCUCCAGAAGUUUGAAGAGGUCAGCUAACAGGGUCAACAACUCUGGCCUCUUCCCGAGCAGGGGCAGGCAGGCCCCAUCCUGCUAGCAGAGUGUUCGUCAAGGCCUAGCCCUGGGAGGUGGGCCAUUCCAGCUCUGAUAUAAAUUUUUUGAGUCAGUUCACGGCCCGGACUCUCCAGGUGGCCUCCAAAAUCGAUGGUGACCUCUUGACCCUGUCUAACGUCGGCAUCACAUCCAACCUAAGGAAGGAUUUAGGCAGGAGCGACAGCUUUCCACUGAGUGUUAUUGGGGACAGUACAAACAAUUUGGGAAGCGAGGAGGGUGUGGUCUGAGGACACAAGACAUAACCACCUUGCUGAAGCUCCGAAGGUCUAGAUCUGGUCAGUGCUGGGAUGGGAGACUCUCUGGGAACCCCAUCUUGAGUUCCAUGAUUGAAGAAAGGCAGGAUAUAAGUUGUCAUUAUUUAUUAUUAAUAAAUUCCAUUAAUUAUUAAUAAUAAUUGAAGAUCCGGGUAAUUUGUCAAAACAGAAGCAAGGACUUUGUAAGAAUAAAAUGUUGUAACAUCAAUGUAUCAAGGCUGAGAUUAUGUAUAACAACCUAUAUUGGAUGUAAUUCAUAUAACAUUGAAUAAAAAUAAGUUUAAAAAAUCAUCAAGCACUUUAUAGUGCUUCAAGCAUGCAGACUAGAACAUUAGAUAUGAUAUGUAGUGAUAAACUCUUUACAGAUUAACUCACAGCAUAUGGACAUCAGUAUUUCAGAAGAAGAAAAAAUCCCAUUAUUUGUAAACAAAUCUAUGUCAAUAGCAGUGAGCCCCGUAACAUCAUAGAGUUGGAAGGGCCUGGAAGGCCAUGUAGUCUGGCACCCUCUGCUGCAAGGGAGGACCAACAUCCCUAUCCCCAAUAGAUCAACCCACACAGCUUAGAAUGCAGUAUGUCAGAAACAGAAAGCAAAAGUACCAUAGAGCCCUAACCCCAGGCUAGAACCAUUUCCAGUGUCUUCCAACUUCUGAAUACUGUAUUUUUUUUUGUUGAACCGCUAGCAUGAUAUUGAUGCAUGACCUGCAUGUAGAAUUUAUUCCUGCCAUAAAGUCAUUAAACCUGCACACAAGGAUCUGUAAAUCACCAUAUGUAAGCAAAUUAAAGCCAAUAUAAGCAA